AUGCUUCGUCGUACGAGCCCUGCUGUGAGUUUCACGACGUCUCAUCGUGCUCUCAUGCUACGGGUAAACCGUCCACUUCUUGGUGGUGAUAUGCACUCAACAGAACGCUUCAAGGCGGCAUGGGAUGAGACACCUAUUCAUCUUCUUGGAGCCUCGCGUAAGCAGAUGUUUGAGUGGCACUGGAGGUGUAUGUACCAACUUGGCCUGCGUGACACGACCCGUAUGACGAAGUUACGUGUGGCUAUUAACUGGGGUGGACUGUUCUCGUUUCUGUAUCUGACAUACAUCUCUGUGUUUUACUCAUCAUUCUAUCAUGUGUACUACCAGGACUGGCCCGAACGUUUCAAGAGAGAAAAUGCUCGCGCCUACGCCCAAUCAAGGGGUACUGAUGUAUGGGCUGCAGAUGGCAAGUUCAUCCGUCCCUACUUCCAUAUUAACCCACCUAUGCUUACUAUGACGAGCGAAGACUUGUAG